CGCAAGAGUCCCACAUAGAUCAACAUCAGAGGUGCUAUGCCGAUAAGCUCGCAUACUGCCUCGGCAAUGUAAAUGUUUUCGUUGGCAUUGUUGAUUGUCAAUAACGUGCAAAUGCUACCGAUGAUUCGAAUGAGGGAGAGCGAAAUGACGAAGCGCCAUGUCUUGCCCGCAGCCUUCCAGCCUGUUCGCUUCCAUAUAAAAAGUGCACUAACGAGCAGCACGGGGAACACGAUAAGCUGGAGGAUUGCGAUGCCGUCCCGAUAAGUCACGAUACCCAUUGUUGCUUUUGGGGUGUCGUGAGCAGUUUAAGUAUAGGUCGUAUGAAUUCGGUAUGAGCAGAAAAGCCCAAGCAGUAUAGGUAAAGAAGGUGUGGUGGUGGUGUAGAGUGGUGAAGAUCUUGUAAUGUGUACGUUCAGGAGCAGGGCUAAUGCCCUCCUUUUAUGUUUUCCAGAUCUCUUCAAGGCAUCCUGUCGAUAGCAACACAAACUUCAUGUCGAGAUAGUUUAAAUCCACAAGAUCGACGAUAUUUCGAUGCUUGACUGGCCGAACAUCUCAGAUACCCGAUGAAGACUAGCGUCAUCUUGCGAGUACAUACUGUAGCGGGCACUCGAGAAUUGCCCCGCUCCUUUGCUCACUCCUUCCAUCAGAGUCAGCCUUAGGAGGCUAUGCAUGAGCGCCUAUCGCCCUAGGUAAAUUCUUUGCUGAUCCUUCUAGGCUGGGUACUUGUGCAGCCAACGGCAACUUGAUUCAACAAUGGUCGCAGCGGUGAAUUCUCGAUUGGCCCCCACCCCACCCCACCCCUGAUGUACUGACGUGGCUUGGGGGCCAAUUGAAUCUGUUGGGGGCCAUACUCUGAGGUCGAACCGACCACGAUUGAGCUUCAGACAAGCAUCUGCUGUUCAUCACAUCAUUCUAAGGUUCAGGGAGCGCUGAUUGGUAUUGAGUUAUCAUACAAGCUUGAGCUGUUGUUUGAUUGUCACUUUCGAGAUUCGAUUGUCUCUUAUCAGACUUCUCUGCUCAGAGGUUGAAGCCAUGUCGCCGCCUAAGCCGGUCCGCGCAAGAACCUCCAGGAGUUGUGGCAAUUGCCGGGCUGUCAAGAGACGCUGCGAUCAGCAGCUCCCCCAUUGCGGACAGUGCGUUCGCAUGCGUGAAACAUGCCCGGGGUACCGCGAUGAGUGGGAUUUGGUUUUCCGCGACCAGACCAAUCAAACCAUCAAACGUACUAACGAGAAAAGGGCAAGGAGUGCGGCCACAGCUGGGGCCAAUGAUGUGCCGGCCCCAGCCCGUGAGCUGAGCCCCAAUCCUGACCAGAUAGGGAUCAAUUAUUUUCUCAGCAAUUUCGUUCUUGGCGGCCCGUCUUCUUCACGUGGAUAUUUGAACUAUAUUCCGUCCGUUUAUGUGAAUGAUGGCGAGCAUCCAACUCUAGUGGCUAGCUUGGCCGCCGUAGGCCUUGUGGCGUUGGCUAAUUCAACUCAACAGCCAGAGCUGGUUACUCAUGCGCGCGCCAAAUACAUGGAGGCAAUACACAAUGUUAACAACGCGCUCGCAUCACCUUCCGAGUCUAUCAAAGACAGCACGCUGAUGUCUGUGAUUUCGUUGGGAAUGUUUGAGCAAGUCUCCGGGUUUGAGACCUGGGUUCAACACGUGGAAGGUGCUGCAGCGCUAGUAGUUGCCCGGGGUAAGAGCCAAUUCUCUAGCCCAGUCACAAUUCGCAUGUUCAAUCAAGUACGCGCCGACCUGGUGAUAGCCAGUCUCCAUGGCACUAAGCCAAUUUCGAGAGACAUGCUUGAACUACAGGAAGAAGCGGCCAAGCAUACCGAUACCGCUAGCGCGUUCUGGCAAAUAGGGAUCUUGGGCACUCGCUGUGCCAAUCUUCUUUUUGCUCUGAGAGAAAGUACAGGGGGACGCCGUUCGGCUGAAUUUCUGAAAGAAGCCACAUCGAUUGAGCGUGACCUUCAACGUAAUGUUGAAAGCCUUGCCAUAGAAGAGCCUUACACGACCACCCAGGAGCCCAGCGGAGAUCCAAGCAUUAUUCUCAACGGCCGGGUUGACCGCUAUCAAGACAUCUGGGCGAUCAGAGUCUGGAACAACUCACGGAACCUGCACAUGAUUCUCUGCGAGAUGAUAUGUUACCUCUUGAAUCGAAUUCUUGGUCAAAAUCCUGCAUCGAGUCUUCACAGCAGUAUGAAUUAUAGACUCCAGGAGACGCUACAGACGUUGUCCAGGCUGGGAAACGACUUCCUCGCCACCAUUCCCCAAGCUUUGGAAAUAUCAUCUUCGCCAUCUGAUCCUCGCCCUUCUCUCGAUCUCUCCUUCCGCGGUAACAUCUCGGGUGGCUACAUGCUGACUUGGGGUCUCUACAUGGUAGGAAAGUGCGCAGUCACGACCAAGGAGACCCGGAAGUGGAUCAUCCAACGCCUUCAGAGCAUCGGUAGCAAUGCGGGUACCUCAGUCGCGCUGCAGUUGGUCGAGGACAUCAUCAAAAUAGACCAAUUGACCGCUUCAUAAACAUCAUCUGGCGGUCAUUGUCUGGAACGGAUUGACUUGCGUAUCUAGUAAAAAUGGAUCUCUCGAUAAUAAAAAAUCCCAUUGCCAGAGAUGGACCUCGGCUUGAGUGCCUGAACCAUAGAUAUGGGGUUUGAUUCUUUAUCUUUCAAUUCGGUUGGCAGUAUGUAGCUAAAUUAGAAGUGAAUUGUUCUGUGUGGGA